AUGACUUUCUCGGCAAACAAAAUUAACUUGUUGUCUUCUCGAUGUCAAGUACCUCCGGGUUCUUUGACCAGGAACGGCAUCCCACCAGGCAUUUACUAUCGCAGACCUGCCAAUGAGAGCUUCCAAAAAUAUCAGAUCGUUAGCGCGGCGCUGGCCUCACCUCCACCAUCUACCGUUCAAGGUUGUUCCGGACACUUGAGUGGACAGAUCGAUCGACUGCGACGUACCCGAAACGCUUUGGGUUUUGGACCAACGGAUAGAAGGCCGUAG